AUGGCUCCACAGCACGCAUCAGAAACAGAUGGCGCUGCUAAGCUAGUCGACUCGCAACGCGAUGCCCUCUACAAAUACGAUGCCGAGUCGCAGAAGAAGAUCAACGCCGCGAAGCCGUGGCGAUCAGAUCCACACUACUUCAAGUAUGUGCGCAUAUCAGCAGUCGCUCUGGUGAAGAUGGUCAUGCACGCGCGGUCUGGAGGCGACAUCGAGGUCAUGGGCUUGAUGGUGGGCUACGUCGAGCACGAGACAUUCAUCGUCACAGAUGCGCUUCGGCUACCAGUCGAAGGCACAGAAACCCGAGUCAACGCACAGGACGAGGCAAACGAGUACGUGGUGCAGUUCUUGGAAAAGUCAAGAGCGGCAGGUCAAUUGGAGAACGCGGUGGGUUGGUACCACAGUCAUCCUGGAUACGGCUGCUGGCUCUCUGGCAUCGAUGUGACAACACAACACACACAGCAAUCCUUCUCGGACCCUUUCCUGGCCGUCGUGAUCGACCCGCACCGGACUGUAAGCUCUGGCAAAGUGGAGAUUGGCGCGUUCAGGACAUACCCAGAAGGCUACAAGCCGGAAGGCCAGGAGUCAGCAGGAGAAGGCAUGGCCGCAGUACCCAUGGCCAAGGCGCAGGACUUUGGAGCACACGCCAACCGGUACUACUCUCUCGAGGUAUCGCACUUCAAGUCCACCCUAGACAGCAAGUUGCUUGAGGCAUUGUGGAACAAGUACUGGGUCCAGACACUCUCAUCAUCGCCGCUCGACACCAACCACGACUACGUGACCAAGCAAAUCGAGGAUCUAGCAGCCAAGACGAAGCUGGUGCAGGAAGGCGUGAAGCAGCGAUCGGCCGGUAUGCCGCUUGCACCACCGCGAAAGGGCAAGGCUGGUGAGGAGCAGAUGGCGAAGGUCGUCAAGGCGGCAGAAAAGAUUGCAAGCGAGGAGAAGAUUGGCCUUAUGGCAGCCAUGGUGAAGGAGAAGGUGUUUGCCGAUGGCGCUGCCCAGGUAGCAGAGGCCGCGAACACGGUUGAGAAUGGUGCCGACACUCAGAUGAAGGAGGCAUGA